UGUAGUGAUGACAAUGACGACGGGCACGGCAAUGAAUUGAAGGAGAGUAAGCAACUAGAUCGGUAACAGAGCAGGCCGCGGCUGAAGAUGAACCACGAUACCAAAACCUACGUGGGCCAAAUUCAUUGGGGCCAACCCACUGCAUUGCAUCUGCAUCCCUCUCAUCGUCUUCUUCUUCUUCUGCAACACUUCACAUAACAACCACACACAGUGGUCUGUAUCUGGCUUUUAAAUGACAAAAUCCGAACUCAUUUCCCCACUUCUCCGUCUCAAACCCUCCCCUUCCAUCGCCCCUUCUAUCCCAUCGCAGAUCCUCACCAUCCUCUCUCAACCCGAAUGGCGCAAAAGCCCUUCCCUUAAAACCCUAAUCCCCUCGCUAAACCCUUCCCUUCUCUCCUCCCUCUUCGACCUCAACCCCCACCCUCUCACCGCCCUUAACUUCUUCCGAUGGAUCCACCGCAAACACUCCUUCGCCCACACCGUGCGCACGUACGAGCCUCUCCUCCUCCUCCUCGUCCGCACCGGAACCCUACGCGCCGCCGAGAAUGUCCGAAACUCCAUGAUCAAGUGCUGCGCCUCCCCGCACGACGCCGUUUUUGUGCUCGACCUCCUGCGCCGAAUGAACGACGCCGCCGAGGCUCACCACUUUAAGCUCUCCCUCACUUCCUAUAACAGACUCUUCAUGUGCCUGUCUCGCUUUUCGAUGCUUCGCGAAAUGACGAGCUUGUAUAAGGAGAUGCUGGAUGGUAAUGUUUGCCCUAAUUUGAUAACGUUGAAUACGAUGAUGAAUACUUAUUGCAAGUUGGGGGACAUGGUUGUGGCGAGGGUUUUUCUCACUAGGUUACUGAGAUUGGGGUUUUGUCCUGAUUCCUUUACAUACGCUUCGUUGAUAUCGGGUUAUUGCAGAAACAAUGCUGUGGAUAGAGCUUAUAGGGUGUUUAGGUUUAUGCCGCUGCGGAAUGCGGCUUCCUAUACUAAUCUUAUGCAUGGGCUUUGUGAAGCUGGGCAGCUUGAUGAGGCUCUUGAGUUGUGGUCACAAAUGAGGGAGGAUGGUUGUUUUCCGGCGGUUCAGACAUAUACCGUAGUCAUUGGUGCGUUGUGCAAAUCGGGUAGGGAGGCGGAAGCUUUGAGUCUUCUUGGGGAGAUGGUGGAAAGAGGUUGUCAGCCUAAUGUUUAUACUUACACUGUGUUGAUUGAUUACUUCUGCAAGGAGAGCAGGAUGGAGGAGGCGAUGAAGAUGUUGAAUGAAAUGCUGGAGAAAGGCGUGGCUCCUAGUGUUGUCCCUUAUAAUGCCUUGGUUGCUGGUUAUUGUAAACGGGGGAUGAUGGAGGAUGCCAUGGGUGUUUUGGGUCUGAUGGAGAGCAAGGGAGUUUGUCCAAAUGCCCGCACGUAUAAUGAGUUGAUUUGUGGGUUUUGUGGGGGGAGAAGUAUGGACAGGGCAAUGGCACUGCUUAAUAAAAUGGUUGAAAGUAAACUGUCGCCCAAUGUGGUUACAUAUAAUACGUUAAUCCAUGGGUUGUGUGAGGCAGGCAUUGAAGAUAGUGCUUCUCGCUUGUUUCAUUUGAUGGUUAAAGACGGUUUCAGUCCGGAUCAGUGGACUUUUAGAGCUCUUAUGGGCUGCCUCUGUAGAAUGGGCAAAGUUGUAGAAGCUCAUCAGAUCUUGGAGUCCCUCAAGGAAAAACAUGUUAAAGCAAAUGAACAUAUAUAUACAGUCUUGAUUGAUGGAUACUGCAAAGCUGGGAAAAUUGAAGAUGCACUUUUGUUGUUCAAAAGGAUGCUUGCUGAGGAAUGUUUGCCGAACUCAAUCACAUUCAAUGUAUUGAUAGAUGGCUUACGCAAAGAGGGUAAAAUGCAAGAUGCAAUGUUGUUGUUGGAAUACAUGAUGAAGUUUGAUGUGAAGCCCACUCUUCAUACUUAUACUAUUCUCAUCGAGGAAGUAUUGAAGGAAUGCAACUUUGACCGAGCUAAUGAGUUUCUCAACCAAAUGAUUUCAUCUGGAUAUCAGCCCAAUGUGGUCACAUACACUGCAUUUAUCAAGGCAUAUUGCAGCCAAGGAAGAUUAGAGGAGGCUGAGGGGAUGGUGGUCAAGAUUAAAAAUGAAGGCAUAUUGCUUGACUCCUUUAUCUAUAAUGUAUUAAUUAAUGCAUAUGGAUGUAUGGGACUACUUGAUGGUGCAUUUGGUGUUCUUAAGCGCAUGUUUAGUACUGGUUGUGAGCCUUCUUAUCAUACAUACUCCAUCAUAAUGAAGCAUUUAAUAAUUGAAGAAUAUAAGAAGGAAGGCAGCAUUCCUAUGGAACUUGAUUUAAGUUUAACAGAUAACUCUGAUGAUAAUGCAGCUAUAUGGAAUAUAAUUGAUUUUGAAAUGACAACCGUGCUCUUUGAGAAAAUGGUGGAAUGUGGCUGUGUGCCUAAUGUAAACACUUACAGCAAGCUUAUUAAAGGACUUUGCAAAGCAAGUUGCAUGGAUGUAGCAUUCAGUUUGUACCAUCAUAUGAGGGAAAGUGGAAUAUCUCCCUCUGAAAGUAUUCAUAAUUAUCUUUUAAGUAGUUGUUGCAAGUUGGGAAUGCUUGGGGAAGCAGUGAAAUUGUUAGAUUCUAUGAUGGAGUGUGGUCAUUUAGCGCAUCUAAAAUCCUAUAAGCUUCUUAUUUGUAGGCUGUUUGAACAAAUGAAAAAUGAGAAGGCUGAAGCAGUUUUUGGUACUUUACUAAGUUGUGGGUAUAAUUAUAAUGAAGUGGCUUGGAAAAUUCUAAUUGACGGCUUAGCUAAGAGGGGAUAUGUUGAUCAAUGCUCUAAAUUGCUGAAUCUCAUGGAGAAGAAUGGUUGUCAUUUACAUUCUGAGACACACUCCAUGUUAAUGCAGGAGCUGAAUAGAGUUUGACAAAAUGAUUGUUUAUUUUUCUCUGGAAUGGAUCUAUUGGCGGAAAGGGGCUUCCCAUUGAUAUUCUUUUUGGACUUUGAAUAAGAUUGUACAAAUGGAAACCACACAGAUUGUGCAAGUGAGUUGCAAACAGAUUUAUUCUUCAAAUGCUUAACACUUCACGGCCACAGCCAAUGGUAAUUGUGACAACCACACAGGUUGAGAGAAAACAGCAGAAUCUUGAGAGGCAAGUUGCUUACGUUGCAUUCCUAUAUUCAUAUCACCUAAUGCCUCUAUACAGAUGUAAUUUAGUUUUACAGUUUAUCUGACAUCUAGGUGCAUUACUUAUGUGUUGAUAACUUCAUUCGUGUUAUCCUUCAUGGCUUCAUGCUACUUUACUAGAAUCAACUUAUGCUUUUUAAAUAUCUAAUAAAUAUAAAAUUGUUUCUAUUGUUAGUGCUGAUAAAUACGUGUUAGUGGCAAUCCAGGGUAUUGAUCAUUUUUGGAAAUGAAUGCGGAAAUUUUUGUCAUUAAACUUGACCAUACAAUUAAUGAUGCGCAAGCAUUUUGUUUUUUCUUCUGAGAUGAAUUUGUUGCUAGUUUUUUUUU